UUGUCUUUUUAGUCACCCGAAAACUAGUUUAAGAAAUCGUGUCGUUUUCAUAUUGGGAAACCUAACAUCGUGCCACUUUUUGACGGCCGGUCUAAAUUUCCAGCUCUGAUGAACGGAGGUGGUGAUUGAGCAAGAGCUGCCGACGAGACGAUUCGAUGACUCUGCAAAGGUUCCUGAAAACCUUAAAGACAGCUAAAAGAACUUAUCCAUUCUCAAUCAACAAGCUCAUCCUCGAUUCUUCCUCUACAAACCAAACUCUUGAUUCGCCGGAAAAGCCACUCUCCGACCUCAACCUCUCCACUUUCCGCCGUAUUUUAACCGACCCAGAUGUCAAAUCCUGGAAAUGCGUCUCCUUGUUCAGUUUCAUCCUCGAAAACCCUUGUCUUUUCUCGUUCCAACCUGACCUCAGAGCUCACUUGUCUUUAGCUUUCCGUGUCUUGUCAGAGAGGAGAUUCUCAGAUGCGGUGAAACUGAUGAAGCCUGUGGCUAUUGACGACAUUCUCAGGUACCCUUUUAACGCAAUCGUCUCUGCCUUUGUUGAUGAGUGUGGUGGUUGUGAGACGAGAGUUGUUGCGAGGUUCUUUAAUUCGAUGGUUAUGGUUUACUCAGACAAUGAUAAAUUCGAUGAAGUUUUUGAGGUUUUUGAGUAUAUGAAGAACAAUGAGGUUAAGGUUAAUGAAAAGACUUGUACUUUACAUCUGUUGAAUCUCAAAAGAUCUGAUCACAUGGAACUAGCUGUAGAUUUCUUUCGUUUAAUGGUUGAAUCGGGGUUAGAUGUUGUAUCUGUGUACUCUUUAACCGUUGUUGUUUCGGCGUUGUGUUGCAAUGGAGAGAUCACGAGAGCAAGAGAACUAGUUGAGGAGAUGGUGCUGGUUAAAGGGAUUAAGCCUAAUAUUGUUACAUUUAAGUCGAUGAUAGAUUCUUGUGUCAAAAGAUGGGGUUUUGAAGAGUUGGAUUUGGUUCUUAAGUUAAUGGACAAGGAAAGUGUGAUGCUUGAUCUUGAUACUUACAAGAUUUUGAUUGAUGGGUUCACUAGUUAUGGUAAGCUUGAAGAAGCAGAGAGGUUGGUUUCGAAAAUGCAUGAUGAGAAGCUAAGAGUGGAGACUUAUCUGUAUAAUUUGAUCAUGGAUGGGUACUCUCGGUUCGGUCUAGUGGAGAAAGCGUUUGAACUACACAGCGAAAUGAGUUCUCGUGGUGUUACUCCAAACAAGGAUACGUUUUGGGUGUUGAUGAAUGGACUCUGCAGAGCUGGAAAAGUGUGUGAAGCGAUGAGAUUGUUCAGCGAGUUGCGAGUGAAUGAGUUUGAGAUUGAUGGAGAAAUGUAUAUUACGUUGACUGAAGGGUGUUACAGAGCAGGAAUGAUAGAUAAAUCUUUGGAAGUGGUGGCUGAGAUGAUUAGGGAAGGAUUCAUUCCUGAUGGUACAGUAUUUGAAAGAUUAGCUGAUGCAUUGUUUGAAGUAAACUGUAAAGAGGCACAGAUGAUGGUUACGUUCGUAGUUAAGAGUGGCAUUAACCCAAAACCUUGUUCUGAAUUUGGUCCGACAUGAUUAUGUGGUCAUAGAGGAAAAGAACUUAUCUACUUUCUUAUUACCUAAAGACUGAGAUGACUCACCUGUGCCCUACCAAGUCUCCAACUACACCUGUGUCAAUGAUAUGGUAAUCUACCUCUACUAAUACUCGAAAGGAUAGUGAUGUGCACAAAGUUGGUUCUAUACCUCCAAAAGAUGCAAAUAUAUUAGACAUUCUUGAAAGAUUAGUGGUUCCGGAAAAUUUUUUGGAGUAUCAGUGAGUCUACAGUAGACGAUGAUUUAAUGUAGAAGGUGAAUAAUGAUGAAAAUGAAAGGGAAUGGUGAUGAACAAAAACAAGGUGGAAAAGGAAUGACGACGACGAUGAAUAUGAGUUUGAUUAGGUCCAUGUUGCUGUGUCUUCCAUGACAACUGAAAUUAGAUUUAAGGAGAUUGCUUGAAGAUUGAUUUCCUAUUUUGGAUCGUGAGAAAUCAAGGUUGCAAUGUCUAGAAGCUUAGGGGGGUGUAUUCAAAAUAGGAUUUUGGAGGAUUUAUGAUAUUCAAGAUUUUAGGAGAUUUACAAUGAGUUUUUAAGGUAGUUUGGUGGAUUUAUUAUUAUUUUCUAUUUUUGAAAAAAAAAUAGUUUGUGAUUUGAUAAGAUUUGGUGAGACUUAUAACUGGAGUUUUAAGAGA